AAGCUACGAAUUGAGUUAGGUUAGGUCAGAAUUACUGGUGAAGUUACGGAGCAGCACUUUGCUUUUCGUUUGACUUUCCAUCCGUUUGAUUAUUCUGCGGUGUCGACAAUUCAAACUAGUGAUAAGUGCUACAAAAACUUAGCGUAACAGUUAAUUGCUGAAAAAUGUUGAUAAAAGUGAAGACCCUUACGGGAAAAGAGAUUGAGAUAGACAUAGAACCCACGGAUAAAGUAGAGAGGAUUAAAGAAAGAGUGGAAGAAAAAGAAGGAAUACCACCGCAACAGCAGCGACUAAUAUUUUCUGGCAAACAGAUGAACGAUGAGAAAACUGCACAGGAUUAUAAGGUACAGGGCGGGUCGGUGUUACAUUUGGUACUUGCAUUAAGAGGAGGUUGCAAAUAUGACAUUCUUUUUCUGUAAAUGAGCCCAUACUAAGAAAUCAUCCUAUCAACAAGAUGAAAAAACGCAGAAUCAUCAUGCGUUAGUAAUGGUCAUCAGUAUGUUCAUCUAUGCUCGCAGAGCACACAAUCCUCGCCAUUCGACGUGAUUACAACUAUAGCUUAAUUGCAUUCACAAUCUAAAUAAAUAUUUAAUAAACUAAUUUAAUGUCGUGAAUA